AAAGCAGUUUCACCUGGUGGUUGCCCUUGGUUCUCUGUGGUGGGCUCCCCGGGGGCGGCCCUCUCGCUCGCCCUCUGCUCUGUCAGUAGGCGCCUGGAUGGUGCAGAGGCAGGCUGCCAAGAAUGGCUUUCGGUGGAGUUAUACCAUUUUAUAGCAAACGCAGUGGUUCUUGGACGUUUAGAAGGGUAUUUAGAUCGCGGGAGAAAGUACUAAUAUUCCUAGUAUGCCUCACGUUCAUGUUUAUAUGUAUAGGACCGAUAUUCUACCUGCCAGACCUACGGGGUGGCCUGAGCACCAAAGUGGACCACGUCUACAAAGUGUACAAACAGAUGCAAAAGGCAGGACCUGAGCUCAUUCUGCCCCCGCCCCCUCCGGAGUCUGGCGAGGUUGGGGCCGUCAGGAAGCACGAGGGCGUCCACCACAACCUGGUCAACGGAGAAGACGUCCACCUCAGUGAUGAUAAGCAGCGGCUGAUGGACAAGGUCAACAAUGAUGAGGAGCUGAGGAAUAUGAGAGUCAUAGAGAAGCCAGUGGUCAUUACUGUGAGUUCUACGGCGGCGAAUAAACCUCAUGAGCCUCAGGGGCAAGUGGAUGAGAGCAUAAGAAUUGUUGCAGACAAAGAACAGAAUGAAAUAGAGCUGGAUAAAAAAGUUGGUCUUGGGGGCCAGGACAAGAGCGAUGAACCUGUAGUACAAGGCGGCGAGGAUGCAGAUCCAGUUGCAAGACAGCGCAGAGAGAAAGUCAGAGAGAUGGUGCUACAUGCGUGGCGAGGCUACAAGACCUAUGCAUGGGGGAAGAACGAAUUACGACCAGUCAGCAAACGAGGCCACACUGCUGGAAUCUUCGGAAGAGAGGAUAUGGGGGCAACAAUUGUGGAUGCUCUUGAUACCCUAUACAUUAUGGGGUGUAUGGAGGAGUACAAUGAAGGGCAUGCAUGGGUGCAAUAUAAUUUAGAUUUCAAUCAGCUGAGAUCAGAGAUGUCUGUAUUUGAGACAAAUAUCCGAUUUGUUGGAGGCUUGCUGUCUGUAUAUGCCUUGACUGGGGAUAUGUUGUUCAGAGACCGGGCUCUUCACAUUGCACGAAAGCUUCUGCCAGCUUUUGACACUCCAACUGGUAUACCUUAUGCACUCAUCAACGUUGCUAAUGGGAUUGCCAAAAAUUAUGCUUGGGCAAGUGGAGGAUCAAGUAUUCUAUCUGAGUUUGGAACCCUGCAUCUGGAGUUUGUGUACCUGUCUGACAUAUCUGGGGACCCAAUUUUCCGUGAAAAGGUCAUGCGAAUUCGUGAUGUUAUCAGGAAAACAGAUCGUCCUGGUGGCCUCUAUCCAAACUACAUGAAUCCCAAGACUGGAAAGUGGGGACAGCGCCACACCUCUGUUGGAGCACUGGGAGAUAGCUUCUAUGAAUAUUUACUAAAAGCAUACAUACAGUCUGGGGGGAAGGAUGAAGUGGCCAAGGAGAUGUACGAAGAAGCCAUUGGAGUGAUCACCAAUCGUUUGGUCUUGAAGUCACACACUGGCCUGACUUACUUGGCUGAAAGCAAAUUUGACCGUCUUGAGCACAAGAUGGAUCAUCUUGCUUGUUUUGCAGGUGGAAUGUAUGCUUUGGGAGCAAAGAGCAUCAAUAAUCAAGUUUCUACAACACACUUAGAAAUUGCAGAGGGUCUUGCCAACACUUGUCAUGAAUCAUAUGCACGCACCCCAACUGGUCUUGGCCCAGAAAGCUUUCGGUUCACAGAGGGCAUAGAGGCACGUGCUCUCAAAUCUUCUGAGAAGUACUACAUCCUUCGGCCUGAAGUGAUAGAGAGUUGGUUCUACAUGUGGCGAUAUACUAAGGAUCCCAAGUAUCGGGAAUGGGCUUGGAAUGCUGUUUUGGCUUUGGAGAAAUACUGUCGAACUGAGGCUGGGUACAGUGGAAUUCAGAAUGUGUAUAUGGAAAAUCCUCAAAAGGAUGAUGUGCAACAAAGUUUUGUUUUUGCUGAAACUUUUAAGUACCUCUACUUAAUCUUCUCGGACGAUUCACUCAUGAGUUUAGAUGAAUGGGUCUUCAAUACAGAAGCACAUCCACUUCCUAUAGCUGGUAAAAACUCAUUUUACCGGAAAGUUCAAGGAAAGAUUGUGGUAUCACCUGUUCUUGGUGUAAGGACUGAGGUGACCAGGCAGCUCUUCGGGAAAGGGCAGCCGUCACAUAGGGCAGAAGAGGUGGAAAUGGGGAGGGGCCUUUUCUCAUGGGAUAAGGAUAGGAUUCAGAGACAGGAAUUGGGUAGGCAGAUAGACCACUCUUUAUCAAGGAAUAUAAAUAGGACCUCUGGAUUCUUUGUGGAUAGACAUUUUGAAAGGGAUGGAGGAAUGUUGAGGGGAGGGAUUCAGAAAGUUGAAGAUGGCAGCUAUUUCACGAGACGCAAUAUGAAAAACAACAAGAGUCCAGUGAUAGAGGCUAAGCUGAAUAGUUCAUACAGUGAGCAAACCUCAGAAUCUCCAGAAAUCAUUUCCAUUUCCAAAGAGCCUAAUACACUUUUAGAGGAAGAGGUAUUAAUACCAGAGGUAGGAGAGAAAGCACAGAGGCAAAUGUUUUCCUGGGAAUCAAUAGAAGGUAGCAGCUCACAGGCAGGUGUUAGUUUAAAAAACUUGGAGGAAAAAAGUGAAAGCAACAAGGAGUUAACAAAAAGGGAUCAAACAUCAGAUGUUGAAUUGAAUAAUCAGAAGCAGGUUCAAGGUGCAUCACAGAAGAAGUGCAUAAGGAAGAUUCAUGUAAGAAGAGAUGGUAGAAGAGUAUUUAUGGGAAAAGUGUGUUAUGAUGUGUGCAAGUGUCAAAGACUUAGAUAUCGAGCAAGGAGAAGGAGGUAUAAAGUUUUGCCCAAACAAAAAGUUAAUAGGAAAAAGAAUAGACAAAGAAGAAUUAGGGACCUUUGGAAGCAUAGGCUAUGCAGACAGGUACUGCAACGUUCUGGGAAGAAUCUAAUAAAAGAGUGCUUUGGGAAAGUUCCAAGAUCAGAAGGAAAUGAAAAGGCCAUAAAGAUAGCUAGCAGAAAAAAAAAGCCAAAGUGGUUUGCAUCCACACGGUCUAAGACGGCUGUCCUUGGGAGAAGGGCAGAGUAGGAGGCUAUUUAGCAUUUGUCCAGUAUGUAUCGUUUCCCAAGCUCAGAUACUCUCUAUGCAUGCACAAAAAAAUAUUAACAAUAUAUAGAGAGAUCUCUUAUUCUACUUUGUCCAUGACCCAUUAUUGACAUUGGGAGAGAUGAAGUUUCAGUCUAACUGUAAUGCUCAUGUAAAAAGUGUGAUUCCUGAAGGAGUUUACAGAAACCUUCUCUUUAAAUUCUGUACAGUCCUCUUAUGUGUAUGAUACAUUAAGAUAAGAGAAAAUGGUUUAAUGGAUACUUUCUUUAUUAAGUUUGUUAUUGUAUGAUAUCACUUAAUUUUAUAUUUUUUUACUUUAUCAAUGAUUUUUAGGUUGAAUAUGAUUCAUAAAAAGUUGUAUAUAUCAUUAAAGUAAUAAAU